AUGCCAUCGCGAAAGGAACCAAGGGGAGUUGGCCUUAGGCCAACAAGGGGUGAUGUUCGUGAAAGCUUUAGCUCCAAUCCCGCGGAGCCAAUUGAAGAUGAUACACUUCUUAGGGACUUGAUUCCCCCAAGAGGUGUUUCCACUAGAAGGGGUAAUGUUGAGACGCCCAUUAAAGAGGGUGAAGGUUCGGCUGAACUGGCACUUAAUCGUUUGUUACAGAAUGAUUUGAGGGCUACGAUUGCUUCUCUUCCGCAGCUAGUACCACAACCGGUAGCUCAGACAGAGGAGACGGAAGUGCAGAAACGUCUCAAGUUGAUUUUAGGGUUUGUGAAGCUUAUGCCAGUAAUGUUUGAGGGUGGCGUAGAUCCGAUGGUAACGGAUGAUUAUCUUGACCAAGUGGAAAGCCACUUAACUUCUAUGAAUGUGUCGAAUGAUCAGUUAAAAAUCACAUUGGCCAUUUAUAAAUUUUCUAAGGACAUUAAGCUUUGGUGGAAGUCGGUCACUUACCAGCACAAGGUAGAAAACAUGAGUUGGGAUAUGUUCAAGGAACUGUUUUACGAAAAGUAUUUUCUGAUUACGAAGAGGUGGGAGUUAAGGAAACAGUUUGAUGAUCUCAUACAAUGCAAUAUGUCAAUGACGGAAUACGAAAACAAGUUCACCUCUCUUUCUCGUUUUGCUCCUAAGUCAGUGAGAAAUGAGGCUGACAAGACAAGGAAGUUUGUCUCUGGCCUUCAUUACCAAAUGAGGCCAUUGAUAACGGCACAGUAUUUCAAAGUUUAUGCGGAGGCAAUGGAAAGAGCAUUAAUGCUAGAGGCGGAAGCAAAUGAUAGAAAUGCAAGAAGGGAACAGUGGAAGCAAAAGAGGAAUGCAGGAUCAUCUUUAGAGGGACAGUCAUAG